AACACGUUGAGAUGUGAAAAUUCUACAUUUUGCUUGUUCUAAAAUUUGUGCGGAUUUAAAUAAAUCAAGGCAAUUUCUGCUUAAAAAUUCUUUAAAUGGGCUUUUUAAGACCAUUCGAUACAGUGACAAGAAAUUUCUUCACCCAGAGGACAGUAAAUCUCUGGAAUUCAUUACACAAAAGGGCUGCUGUGGCUCAUUUGUUGAGUAUAUUAAAUAUAGAGAUUGAUAGGUUUUUAGAUAUUAAAGGUUUCUAAAGGACAUGGGGUUGUACAGAAAAGUAAUGUUAAGGUAAAAGAUGAGUAAUGAUCUUGCUGAAAGGCAGAGCAGGCACGAGGGGCUGAAUGGCCUCCUAGUUUUAUUUGUUCGUCAGUGAUCUACUCCCUCUAAAGUAGUGUCUGUAAACACUUCGAUAAACUGCUACAUUUUGCAGCUGAUAAGUUGAGACAUUCAUGUUAAAUAUGAAUUUCUGAUUACAAGUCAAAGGAAGAUCCAGUACCAUGGAGGAUCCUUCAGAAAUCAUCCAGAAGCUGCAACUUGCAGGCAAAAGCAGGACCGAGCAAGAGGAAUAUUAUCAGAGUAUGAAAGUCCCUGUAGUUGGGGAGGUUCUAAAAAAGUUCCUGGAGGACCUGUCAACUGAAAAUCUAAGGAGUGAUAAAGGAUCAGUUGUGGAUGAUGUAAAGGAUUUGCUUUUACAUGCUGACCCUCUCUGGCUUCUCAACAAUUAUCGUCAAAGUGAAACUGUGAACCUUGUUCAAAUCUACGUUGACCUGACUGUUGCUUUGACCCAAUACUCAGCAUUGCCACAAUGUGAGACCGACAUUGGGGAGCUGCCUGACAGUGCUUAUUCCGCGAUACCUGGGAACGCCCACAGUGUGGCUGAGAUGUUUCAGAUUCUCGUCAGUAAACUGUCAGUAAGGCCAAUGCAAGUAAUGUCCAGCUCUGCUGGAGUUUCACCCGACUCUGUUUUGAAAGCCAUCUUGCCGCAUCUGGUCAUCUUCUGUGCCACACACUGCCAAGAGAUGCCGUGGACCAAUGCAGCAUCUCGGUUGGCUGCAGAUCAGCUGCUGGCUGCCUCAGUGCAGGCAUCCGGGUGCAAGACUCUUGUGGAACUCCUGUGUGGAUCACAGGAGGAAGGCUGUGGUGCUCUAGGAGCUGUGCUACAUCUGAUGAAGCCACAAAUGAACAAAAACACGUGGAAGUUGAAUCCAGCCACAAAACACGUAUUUCGGUGGCUGCUGCAGAGGGUGAGGAGGCCUUGGCUGGCUGAGCACCUGGACACAGUGCUGCCACCGUCCCUCCUCUUCUCAGACGACUACAGGACAGAGAAUAAGAUUCUGGGUGUGAGGUGUCUGCAGCACGUCAUUGACAAUGUGCCUGCUGCAGAGCUCUUGCAGUAUAACCGGGCACAGGUGGUGUACCAUGCUCUCUUCAAUCACCUGUAUACUCCUGAAGCCUUCCUCAUUCAGGCUGUGCUGUCCUGUUUACUUGACCUUCUCCCAAUCAUAGAGAAGCCACACGUCACCCGAGGACAACAGAGAGCAAAUCGCUAUGACAAAGUAUUCUGCCUGAUACUUACCCAUAUGGAGGUUGAAGAUAAGAUUCCUCUUCGAAGAGUGUAUGCCAAGCACCUGCCUGUCUUCAUUGAAAGGCUCGGAAUUCUGGUUGUUCGGCACUUGAAGCGGUUACAGAGGGUGAUUCUUGGAUAUCUGGAGGUGUACGAUGGACCUGAGGAAACAGCCAGGCUGUGUGUUCUGCAGGCGUUCCAGAGCAUGAUCCAACAGGCCUGGCCCAGAAUGUCCAUGAGGCUGGAGGUUUUGCUUAAAUCCUUACUCAGAUUCAUAUAUGAUGUGGCAACUGAUCAGAGCCCAACACCACCCCGGGUGAGAGAGGAACUGUUACAUGAUGCCACCCAAUGCUUGAUUCUGCUCAAUCGCUGUUGUGAACGCAAAGUGACGGUUCUCCUGGAAGGAGUGCGGCAGAACUGUGAGAAUGCAACAGUGCUGGAGUGUCUGCAGAAGGUGCAGCAAGACGUGUAACAAUUGUUGUGAGAACUGUAUCUGUACAGAACUGUAAUAAACACAGGCAAAACUUUGUGGUCACUGUCCCAUCUCAUUGCAAGUCCACCAGAAAAUUCAGCUCUUCAGACUCACCCCCCUCUAAGAUCUGAAAGCCUUGCCAUCAUCUACCAGUAAGGAAAGGGCAGGCACAGUAGUGUAGCAGUUAGCAUAAUGCUAUUACAGCGCCAGCGACCCAGGUUCAAUUCCAGUCACUGUCCGUAAGGACUUUGUACGUUCUCCGUAUGUCUGCCUGGGUUUCCUCCCACAUUCCAAAGACGUAAGGGUUACACUGGAAACGUGGCGAGACUUGCGGGCUGCCCCCAGAACACUCUACGCAAAAGAUGUAUUUCACUGUGUGUUUCGAUGUACGUGACUAAUAAUCUUAUGUGACAGAAUACUCUCCAUUCUCCAGGAUGAAUGCAGUUCCAACACCAACUCCUGGAACUCCCUAUCUAACAGCACUGUGGGAGUAUUUUUAAUAAGACUGCAGUAGUUCUAGAAAGUGAUUCACCACCACCUUGUUUCAGGCAAAUAGGGAUGGGCAGUAAAUGCUGACCUUGGUAAUGAUGCCCAGGUUCUGAAAACUGAAUAAACAAAAAGUUCCUCACAGCAGGGAAUCAACCUGAGGCUGUGUGACUGGGAAAUUCUUUUUCUAAAGGUUAUCAAGGACAGAAGGAAUUCUCUAAAC